AUGCCAAUACUCAGCAAAUUGCUUGGCUCAGGCCUUGGAUUGGCCUCGGAAGCGGUUCACGCAGCUCGAUCUCGGUCGCGAUCGCGAUCAGACCAGGCGCCCGUUGACGCUAGCAGCAACACGGCGGCUCCGAUCGAGGAAGCUGGUAGAAAUCAUAUCUCCGAGGCAUCCAGGAACCCAUCGAGACAUGGCCACCCCGCCGACGCAGUCAGCGACGAUGAGGUGGAUUCAGAUGCCGAGGAUCGGCAAGCCCUCGGCCAAGAUGAAGCAGCCUGGGAAUUAGAUGAGAUGGCCACACAGCUGUAUCCGCCCACGUAUGAACAGUCGCAAGCGGCAGCUGGUGCAGAAUCGGAAGAUGUCAAGGUCAGAAGAGAGGAGGAGAUGGUGCGAGAGCUGGUCCGCAAGGCAGGCCCCCCUCCUCAUCCCAUUCGGCGGAUUCCAUGCCCCGUGAUUCUUCCUCAACGUCGACCACGAAACAAAGGACGAGGCUUCGUGCGUGCAUAUGCUCCAGUUUUGGCCGACUGCGGCAUCUCGCAAGAAGUCUUUCUGGAAUUCCUCGAGAAAUGGGAUAAAGCAAGCGAGGCAUCUGGGUGGAUCGAAAUUGUCUUGGUGGCCGCCACCAUCGCUGGUGUCGUUCCAGAAAUGAUCACGCAGAUUGUCAGUACCGCCGUGCAAGUUGUCGCUGGCGCGGCACUAGAACUGCAGACUCGUUCUCGCCGGAACAACUUUCUGGACCGCGUUAAUCAGGACUUACUUAUGCCACGAGGACUCUUUGCGAUGAUCAUGGCCUUCAAAGAUGACAUUCCCAAUCAAAGCAGUGCGCCCCUGUACGGCUUGGCCAGUUCUGUAGGGAAAAGUCUCUACUCCACACAGCGACUCGAUCUCAAUCAGACUGUGGCCAAAUACAGCAACCCUGAUCCGGAGAUGUCGAAGCUGAAAAGGGGAAUGCAAAACAUUCGAUUGGCCAGUGGCGAAACCCGCGGGGAUAUCGAGCUUCCAGAAGCCGCGGAGCUCAUCUUCCCUGAUCUUGAUCGAGUCGCAGAAACGGCUCUGACGGGCGAUGGCGCCGCCCAAGCCAAGGAGAAAGGCACAUUCGACAAGUUCAAGAAAGCUGGCAACUGGGUCCAAGACUACCUGGACCGACGAGGGCAGGCGUUUUACGAAAACGAGCAUCAAGGCUCCUCUUUAGCUGUUCCCUCGGCGAACAGAGAGCAGUUAGUUUCCCGCUACAAUGAUCCCAAUCAUCCAGCAAACAGCGGCUCCCUCAUCGCCCUCCUCACCGGCGGAGCCGUAAGCCCUACCCCUCGUCGAGAGGCCAGACAAGCACGAAGAGAUGGUAUCCGCGAGUCAAGAGAUGCUCGACGUGUCGCUCGUGGACGUCCGGCCCGCGGACCUCGAAGGGUGGGUCGCAGGGGGUCUCGAAAGACAAUCUUCAAGAAGAUCAUGCACAAGGACGUUCUCUACCUGAUGGUCGUCAAUCUUCCAACGGAAGAGGAGGUACAGGGGUCUGUUGCGCGGCUUGAACAGAUGAUCAGGGAGCGUGAUUCUGGCGCACUUGGGUAG